AUGGCCGCCGGGAGGAGGACCGCACCCCGUAGCCCUCCAUGGCCGGCGGCGGCGAGAGGGGUCGUCGGCGUCGGCCUGGGUCGGAUAGCGCGGCGUCUCGUCGCGAUCUGGUCGGGGAGGGCGACUGACAAAAACUUACAAGAGACAUACUUGUUCAUUCUAACUUUGCAAGGUCAGAAGGAAGAAUGCCGCAAAAGACGUUGGUUCGACCACGACGCUGGAGGUGCCCUUAGCAGUGGCCGUUUGACGAUCUAUUGCCAAGAAGAGACUGACAUUCCGGGUCUGCCAGACAAGGAAGCACGCGCCGCGCGCCUCCUCGGCGACAGCAGCAGCAGCCGCGCCUGCAUCAAGACGGGUAGCAGCAGCAGCAGCCGCGCGCCUCCUCGGCAACAGCAGCGACAGCAGCAGCAGCAGCAGCGCACCUGCGACACCGCGAACGCGCUGAGCGGCCGAGGCGACAGCACCAGCUCCAGCGCCGCGUUGAUCUCUCUGCCGAGGACCUCGCUCUCCACCAAGAGCCGGUCAGCGCUGCCUCAGGCUUCGGCGCGGUUGAGCGCGGACGCCGGGGAGCCGCAGUUGAGCGCGGACGCCGGGGACGCUCGGCCUCAGGUUUGGGCGCGGACGCUGGGGAGCUCGGGCUCGGUCGAAAGUGGCCGCCGGAGAUCUGGAAGGAGCCGCAGUCGCGCGGACGCCAGGGACGCUCGGGAUCGGGCUUGGGCGCGGACGCCGGGGCCUGUGACCAUGCUGCGCGGGCGGAGGAGAUGCAGCUGUUGA